AAUUUAUUUAUUUGAAUACUGGUUGGUAAUACCCAACGAAGAAAAGACGUCCCCGGCGAAUCCAUGUCCAAAAACGCAGAUGCUCGCCGAUGACAGGCCUUCAUUGACGUUCAACGAAAAACAACUAUUUCGUCUCCACGGUUUUCGUUGCAUCAGAUCCUGUAUUUUUUCUUACUCCUAAUUGGGGAUCGAAGAACACAAAUCAAAUCUCAAAGAACAGCAUUUCACAAUUUAGUCAACGAAUGUUUCAGCAUGAUGCCACAACCUUGAAUUAAGCAAAAAUGCAAUCAACAAUUGGUUCAAGAUGCGGUCGGGCUCGUCAGCUUUUUCUUCUUCGGAGAACGGCAACCAACAAGAUGAUGACGAUUUCGAGCUAUACUAAUACCAGUACAAGUAUUUCUCGCUCAUUUCUCCCACAAAAUUUUGCUGAUGCUUCAUCAAGUUCCGGUAGUAGUGUUUUUACUAGACAAUUCUCCGUUCGUCGUCGUGAUCCAUGGGAUGUUUCGAGGAAGUCUAAGCAUGUUUUGAAAAACUUGAUUGCGUUUGUCUCGGAUUUCUCUCCUACCCCCCUUGAAAAAUCUGGUUCUAUACCUAAAGGGUAUGCUUCAUUCACAACAUCCAGUGGCAAUGCUGCAAUGGGUAUGAAGCAGAACAAAAAAGGGGAGGAGGAAAAAAGUCUUGUUACAAAAGGUGAGAAAAUCAAUAAUGCUAAAAUCCUUAGAACACUUGCAAAGUACUUGUGGAUGAAAGAUAACAUGGAGUUCAAACUGAGAGUCCUCACUGCUAUGGGAUUUUUGGUUGGAGCCAAGGUAAUGAUUGUUCAAGUUCCCUUCUUAUUCAAGCUAGCUGUUGAUUGGUUAACAACAGCAACAGGAAACCCUAGUGCACUCUCUGAGUUCACAGCUGCUAAUUCGACAUAUUUAGCUGUUUUUGUGAGUCCAGCAGCUGUGUUGAUUGGUUAUGGAAUAGCAAGAAUAGGGGCUUCUGCUUUCAACGAGUUAAGGACUGCAGUUUUCUCUAAGGUUGCAUUGCGGACUAUUAGGUCAGUUUCAAGAAAGGUGUUUACACAUUUGCACCAGCUUGAUCUGCGAUAUCAUCUUAGCCGAGAAACAGGUGGUCUAAAUCGAAUUAUUGAUCGUGGUAGCAGAGCUAUUAACUUCAUCCUCUCAGCCAUGGUAUUUAAUGUUGUACCAACUAUAUUAGAGAUUUCUAUGGUAUCAGGUAUUCUGGCAUACAAUUUUGGAGCACCAUUUGCAUGGAUUACUUCUCUGUCUGUUGCUGCGUAUGUUGCCUUCACAUUGGCUGUGACACAAUGGAGGACUAAAUUUAGGCAGGAUAUGAACAAAGCUGAUAACGAUGCAAGCACUAGGGCUAUUGAUUCACUUAUUAAUUACGAGACUGUCAAGUAUUUCAACAAUGAGAAAUUUGAAGCUGAUGCGUAUGAUAAGUAUUUGAAGCGCUAUGAAGAUGCUGCCUUGAAGACUCAACGUAGUCUGGCUUUUUUGAACUUUGGUCAAACUCUGGUAUUCAGUACAGCUUUGUCAGCAGCAAUGGUACUGAGUUCAAAUGGUAUUAUGAAUGGUGUGGGCACAGUUGGUGAUUUGGUUAUGGUAAACGGGCUACUAUUCCAGCUGUCUCUUCCACUCAAUUUUCUUGGGAGUGUCUACCGUGAAACCGUGCAGAGUCUUGUUGACAUGAAAUCCAUGUUUCAGCUACUUGAGGAGAGGGCAGAAAUCAGAGAUGAAGAUGAUGCAAAGCCUCUGAAGCUGGAUGGUGGCAGCAUUGAAUUUGAAGAUGUUCAUUUCAGGUGGAGUUUUUUUCUGUUACUGCUGGGAAAAAGUGUGGCUAUUGUUGGAACUAGUGGCAGUGGUAAAUCAACAAUCCUUAGAAUGAUCUUCAGAUUCUUCGACUCUAAUUCUGGAACGGUGAGGAUAGAUGGUCAAGAUAUACGAAAGGUGACACUUGAAAGCCUUAGGAAGCAUAUUGGUGUUGUUCCACAAGAUACAGUAUUGUUCAACAACACAAUAUUCCACAACAUUCAGUAUGGUUGUCUCUCAUCUACCCCUGAGGAGGUAUAUGAUGCUGCUCGAAAAGCAGCAAUUCAUGACACCAUCAUGAAGUUUCCAGACAAGUAUUCAACGCUUGUUGGUGAGCGUGGCCUUAAGCUGAGCGGUGGUGAGAAACAACGAGUUGCAUUAGCUCGUGCAUUCCUGAAAGCACCACCCAUUUUAUUAUGUGAUGAGGCAACAAGUGCGCUGGACAGCACAACAGAAGCGGAGAUCUUAAGCGCUUUAAGGUCACUGGCCAAUAAUCGAACCGCAGUUUUCAUCGCUCAUAGGCUUACAACUGCAAUGCAGUGCGACGAGAUAAUAGUUCUGGAGGGUGGGAGGGUUGUAGAACAAGGUCCGCAUGAAGUUCUGUUGUCGAAUGCUGGUGGUCGAUAUGCGCAACUCUGGUCACAGCAAAACACCACCAUUGAUUGAAUUGAAUUCAAUUCAGUCCAUCAGAUUAGAUAUAAGAUGGUUUUCCUGUCGUUUUUUACUCAUCGUCUUCGUGCCUACCAGUCUAAAAUAAGCAAACUAAUUGCCAUUUGCACGGGUGAGCGAAAAAACCAACCAACCAACAAACAGAACAUACAACCGAUGGUUUGGUUUCUACUUUUUCAAAAACCGAAUAUUCGGUUUGGUUUUGGUUUUAUGAGUUACAAAACUGUAAAAAAACCAAACCACACUAAUUUAUAUAAACUGUUUAUAAAUAUGUUUAAUUUACAAAUAUUAUAUAUAAAUCUUUGUAAUUUUAUAACAAUUAAUACCAUGGUGAGUUGGUUAAGGUGAUGAACAUAU